AUGGUUAAGGACGCGGUUGACUAUGCCCGACGGUGCCACGCGUGCCAAAUACACGCAAAUUUGAUGCAUCAAUCCCUGAAACACCUACACCCAUCAGCUAUUUCAUUGCCAUUCAAGACAUGGGGAAUGGAUAUCGUCGGUCCUAUCUUCCUGCUGUCGAUCAAAGGGGACCAUUUUAUUUUGGCAAUCACCGAUUAUUUUUCAAAGUGGGCUGAAGCAGUGCUAUUGAGAGAAGUAAAGACUAGAAAUGUUAUCAAGUUUAUUAAACACUACAUCAUCUACCGAUAUAGAGUUCCGAGAAGAAUCGUACAUGACAACGGCCCUCAGUUUGUGAGUAAUGCCUUCAUCAAAUUCUGUGGGAAAUUCAGAAUCGAAGAUGUCUCAUCAACGGCAUAUAAUCUCACAGCAAAUGAAUUAGCGAAGGUGUUUAACAAGACAAUCUUAAAGAUUUUAUCAAAACUCGUGAGAACUAACAAGCGAGACUGGGAUGACAAACUUGGUAAAGCCCUUUGGGCCUAUCGCACCACAGUUCGCAUGCCCACCGGGCAGCCUCCGUACUCGGUCUAUUGA